UUCGGAAAGAUCUUUUAAAAAUCGCUUCCCACCCCGAACGCCCCCGUUUUGGCCCUUCUCCCUCUUCUCCGUCUUCAAACCCUAGUUCCGAGCCCUCCACGGCGCCUCUGUUCGAUUCGGUUGAGCGCGACGACGGGGUGCGAAGCGAGCCCAUCCGACCGAUCGAUCCGCCGUCUCCUGUCCGUACGUCUGUUCACGAUCCACGCUGAACGAUGCCGUCGCACGCGGAUCUGGACCGUCAGAUCGAGCAGCUGAUGGAGUGCAAGCCGCUCUCGGAGGCGGAGGUGAAGAUUCUCUGCGAUCAAGCCAGGGCGAUCCUGGUCGAGGAGUGGAACGUCCAGCCGGUGAAGUGCCCCGUCACCGUCUGCGGCGACAUACACGGCCAGUUCUACGAUCUAAUCGAGCUGUUCAGGAUAGGAGGCAACGCGCCUGACACCAAUUAUCUCUUCAUGGGCGAUUAUGUAGAUCGAGGGUACUACUCAGUGGAGACUGUCACUCUUUUAGUUGCUCUGAAAGUUCGUUAUAGAGAUAGAAUCACAAUCCUUAGAGGAAACCAUGAGAGCCGGCAAAUAACUCAAGUGUAUGGUUUCUACGAUGAAUGUUUAAGAAAAUAUGGAAAUGCGAAUGUGUGGAAGUAUUUCACUGAUUUAUUUGAUUAUCUUCCCCUCACUGCCCUCAUUGAGAGUCAGAUCUUUUGUUUGCAUGGAGGUCUCUCACCUUCUUUGGAUACUUUAGACAACAUUCGAGCUUUGGACCGCAUACAAGAGGUUCCGCAUGAAGGUCCAAUGUGUGACCUCUUGUGGUCUGAUCCAGACGAUCGCUGUGGGUGGGGCAUAUCUCCACGAGGUGCUGGCUAUACAUUUGGACAGGAUAUCGCAGCUAAUUUCAAUCAUACUAAUGGUCUCACUCUGAUUUCAAGAGCCCACCAGCUUGUCAUGGAAGGAUACAAUUGGUGUCAGGACAAGAAUGUGGUGACUGUAUUCAGCGCUCCAAACUACUGUUACCGAUGUGGUAAUAUGGCUGCAAUAUUGGAGAUUGGAGAGAACAUGGACCAGAAUUUCCUACAGUUUGACCCUGCUCCUCGUCAGAUUGAACCUGACACCACACGCAAGACUCCUGAUUAUUUUUUGUAAUUUCAACAUAUUUGCAGUUUGUAAUACCUGUUCGCAGCCAUAUCAGUGUAGAUGUGUCUUAAGAAAGAGGAGUUUGUUAUUUAAAUUGAGCGUGAUUGUCAAUUUCAUUCUUUCGUUUUGAGUAUGCUCUGCUGUCUUGUUGACACUCAGGAAGAACAGAGAGAAGGGACUAAUUGCCUUUCUAUUUCCUUGUAUAUUUAGUGAGAGUAGGAAGUAGCAAUUACACAAUACCUUGUCAUGUGUUGGAUGAUUUGAAGGUAGAAAGCAAAAUUUUGAGGUCUUUUGGUUUCCA